UGUGAAAGACUCUUCCCUGAAUGGAAGAGAUACAUAACUGAUAAUGGUAUACUGCAACGGAGCCAGCAUUCUCCAACAUCGGUAGUUCACAGUCACUGAUUAAUUUUGUCAACCUGGUACAAUACCGUACGUACAACGCUGUCACUAAACCCUGACAUUCUUGCCUUUCAUUCUUUUAUUAUAAUGAAAAUAAUAUUCAUAAUGUAGACUUUGGCGAUAGAUCUCGGUCUCGGACGAUAGAUCUCGGAUGCUAAAGAAUUAUACGAAACGUUGCUCAUAGCGCUAUCUGCCUAACCUCAGACGUCGCUACUACGGGAUGAGAAGGUUGACAAACAGCCCAACAACGUUGGCUGAAAUCGGAGAACUAAAGGAUUGUACAAAUCGUUCACGAAAACUUCGUUCCAUCCGGAAGGAUCAUCAUCCGGAGGCAUCAUGGAAAAUUUUUUAUCGGCGCGCAUUGGCAGAGAUCCUCUCAUCACUGGCGUUUACGAACGUUUUGCUGUCGAUAUACUGGAUGAGAAUGUCACUUAUCGUGGGUACGUUUGUGCAGUCGAUGAUGACCACUGUAUGGUGCGAAUUGGCUCGAUGCAGGAACUGCGACGUGUCGCUAUGGAUAAACUGCAUCUAAUGGAUUAUCGCGAAUGCAAACGUAUACAUCCUCACACUGUACCGGAGGAAAUUGACGUACUGGUCAGUGUUGAUGACAAUCAGCCAGAAUCGUGGCAGCCAGCUAGUAUUAUAGGCGGCAAAUUAAUACAGACGUUCUCGUUGGUACAUGCAGAAGUGAGCCUGCCGGGUAAUGCGCCCAGACAAUUCUGUGUCCUUGAUUCUUCCGGUGCCGCUUUUAAACGGAUUCGCCGCCGCGGUUAUCUUGGAAAUCGCGUUACUCCGCAGUCGUUUGUUAAUCAGCAGAUCCCGGUUUCAAAGUUUACUUCGUAUUGUACACACUUCGCUGAUACUCUGCAAAAAGUUCGAGAAAUGCCACGAUUUCACAGCCGCUUCAUGCAAGAGACUUAUGGCAUUAUGUUCCUGGGUGCGACGGAUGAUCACAUUGAUCUGUUGGUCGAGGAGAAAUACAAUCAGAAUGAUGGCGUUAUUCUUUUGGUGGAAGGAAAACCCAGUUACAAGCUACCGGACCACAUAAUGUAUGAGCGCAUAGCGAAUGCUGUGGAUCGGUUUAUGAUAGACUUCAUGCGGGCAACAGACAAAAUUGCCAACACCGUUCUGAAAGAGCUUGUCGCUCUAAUCGAUACGGAUCAAGACUUGAACAAAUCUCACGAAUUCCAUUUUGAUGAUGUACUUAUGGAGCUGAGCACGGAAGUAUUUUCUUUUAUGGACGUGUAUGACCAGCAUCAACUCCGCAGAACGUCCAAAUUUUUCCAUCAACGGUUAUUCUGUAAAGCACUUCGGCGGUGCGUGAUGUUGCCAAACCAACAUAAACAUUCCAUUGAAAGUUUGAGGGUCGGCCCAUCCGGCUCUGGUUACCGGGACUUGGCAUAUGUCAUCGGGAGCACAAUUAGCCAAGAUGCCAGGAUUUUGUAUUUCAUCGAUGACUGGGAAGAAUGCUUGUUCACCCUUGUGAAAGUCCUAAAGGUCAUGGACGUGCAACUCGACUGGCUGGUUAUCGCCAACAACUCCAGACUUUUGCUCAACGAAUUUUUGCGAUUUCCCAAACCCUUUCCCAUGGUGUAUACAUAUGAUUUCGUUACUAUGUACGGAAAUUAUCUCCAUGCAAAUCAGACAGAUAUUUAUAAGGAUUACGCUUGCAUUUGCCAACAUCUAGCCUUGAAGAACUGCUGUUUCAGUAGCAAGUUAUCGAUAUGCUUCAGAGAAGUGUUGUGGCUAGACGAUGAGCUACUGCAUCGGGUUAGGGGCCCUGGACGAUGGAAUUUAAGAUGUUGCCGUGAUCCGUUUUUUAUUGCGAUCCCACGAUGGUUACACAGUUUUUCGGAAUCUGCGGCACAAAUAUACGAGGCUUCCUUCCGGUCUGCACUAGAAGACCAUUGUCCAAUGCUAACAGAACGCGCAAUGGAUAACCUUUUCCACUGGCUGAAUUCUUUGACAAGCGAGGCUUGUGAACCAAAAGGUUGCAUUUGGCCGUUUAUUACGCUCUCCUACGAACUGUGGAACGAAAAGCCACCCAAGCAUUUGGACGACAUUGUAGCCGAUAUAUCUCGUAAGUAUUCGCCAAAGAGCUGCAUUUUGCAGACAAUGGCCUUGCUACUGCCGUGUAUUAGCGGCAGUUUUUGCUGUUUUGCUUAUGUAGUCGAUGGAGAAGCAUUACAAGGUCCAAGGUAAAAUGGCUUGAAAUGCCUGAAUGCAGACUAAUUUUACCGACCUUUUUAACUACCGCGCUUGGUUGUUUGUGCGAUGCUUUUUACAUUUGUAUGAUAUUCUUAAACAGCCAAUUCGGAACUCAAAUACACAUGCAAAACCAGUCAAGACUAUAAGGAACAGUAACCUCCAAAUAGUCAAGAGCGCUCGCCUUAUUCAAGUCAGUCUAACGAAAACUGCGUACUGCAAAAUUGCUGCAGCCGUUAAUUACUAUUAAACACCUUUAAAUUUUAUGUUAUUUAUUUAUCUGUUAUGUUAUUGCACCAA